UUCGACCCCAACUGAUUGGAAGCCAUUCAGUUACUUCAGAAUCGGGUGGGACGGCUUGACAUGCCACACGCAUCAUGGGCGGUACGCGCUAAUUCCUCCUUUCUCGCUUUCUCGCUUUCUCUCUCUUCUUCUUUCUUCACCAGCUUACUUCCGAGAGCACGGUCGCUCCUUUCCUUUCUAUGCAUUUACUUUUUCCAUUUCUAUCCUCUUUUCUUCUCCACACUACCUCUUCCAAUGGCCUCAAGUUGAAACUUCAAGGUCGUCAUCGGACUCUACAAGACAACUUCCUAUCGCGAAGGGGGAAUCUACAAGGCAGUUCUCCUUUGAGCGACAACGCAGAUAUCAGUUAUUAUGCCAAUAUCACCCUCAACGGUGUCCCUUUCUCAGCUUUAAUUGAUACCGGGAGCGCUGACCUUUGGGUUGCGGGAACCGUCCCGAACAGUAAAGACACAGGAAAGAAAGCCGAAGUGAGUUACGCAGUGGGAAAGGUGCAAGGCCCAAUCAAAACGGCAGAGGUCGACUUUGCGGGAUUCAAAGUUCCAAACCAAGCGUACCUUGAAGUAACCCCCGAUUCGAGUAACAAACAGGGCACUGGCCUCAUCGGUUUAGGACCUCACGACAAUUCAAAUAUCUACAACACCCUCAAAAACGACGCGGGUGUGCCCGUGUUGGAUACAAUCUUCAAACAGAAUACGUCGACCCCCAAUUAUUUGACGGUCAAUUUGGGCCGCCUUGAAGAUCCAUCAGAUGUAUUCAACGGAGACCUUUCCAUCGGUGAACUUCUCCCAACACCACCUUCCUUCGUCUCUCAAUCUAUAUCCUUGGACGAUAUCACCUCCCAGCCCAAAUUACCCGUUACCAUCGUUCCCGUACGAAAAAAGGGAGACCAGCAUUUCCAACUUUUGUUGGAUGAGAAUGGGCUUAUUGGGCCCGAUAACCAACCGGUCCCAUUCACUUCGACUGUGAGUGGGGUGAAGAAUCCAAAGCAGGCCACGGCGAUUGUGGAUACUGGGUUUUCGUUGACGCAGGUUCCGAAGACCGUUGCCGAUGCGUUUUACGGCCGACACCCUGGUGCACAGUUCACUAAUGUUAGUGGAAUUGGAGCUACUUGGAUCGUUCCGUGCACUGAGGAAGUCAACAUCACUCUGAGUAUUGGGAGUAAGAAGUUUCCGAUUCACCCGUUGGAUGCGACUUUGAACCCAAAGCUACUCAACCUUCCCGCGCUGAAGAAUUCGGAAGGAGAAGAAAGCUGUAUCGGGACUUUCCAACCAUUCUCAUUCGAUGUCGGAAAAGAUACCACUUACGAUAUCAUCCUCGGAAUGUCUUUCAUCCGAAACGCAUACGUCCUCUUUAACUUUGGCGAUUUCAUUCUAACCGGCAGCGGAAACACAACUAAACGCGGAGACCCAUAUCUCCAAUUAUUAUCCACCACAAACCCCGCGGGUGCUCAUUCGGAUUUCGUCGAUAGACGACUGGACGGUGUGGAUACGACCGAUCAACAGGGGCUUGGGCCAGGUAAAGGGAACCACGGGAACGACAAGAGCAAGGGCAAGUCUAGUAACACGAAGAUAUACCUCGCGUUAGCGAUUACAGCUGGAGUGCUCGCUUUGGUUGCUGCAGUCGUUGCUCUUGUCCUUCAUCGGAAGAGGACUUUGAGUAGGAGGAAAGUUUUGGAUUCUACCGGUACUAGCUUUGGGUUCAACCGAGGAGGGGGAGGAGGGGCGUAUAGCAAGAUUCAAGAUGAUCAUCAUAUUGAUAUGCAACCGACUACGUAUUCUGGACAGCCGGGACAGUUGUAUAGCACUGGAGGGGAUUUCAAUGCGCACCAGCUGUAUGAUACCCCUCCUACGCAGACGAAUCAGUAUCCUAAUCCUUGGGAUGCGAGACGUUGAGUGGAGUUGAGUAUUUAAAUUUUUGCUUUGAUCUUGCUUUGGUAGUUACGUCAGGUAGAUGGACGGACAUUGGGACUACUAGGACGAUGCUGCAUUUGUAUUCUAUAUCCACAUCUAUAGUCUAUUUAUUCCACGGGACGCUACGAGCACGAAUGCGUGCGUACUCAAAUCAUAACCAGCUCAAAAAC